GAGCGCAGGGCCAUUAACGAGAUUGUCUACUCGGAAAACCCAUCGGCGGGCCACAUCGCCCAAGUCAAGAAUGUCGACACUCUUGUUGCUGAUGGCAUAUAUUUACCAGUCUUUGACUUAGGCAUGUUGUGCUCCAUCUACCGAUACGAGGAUAACAAUGACGGGUAUGACGGAGUCAUCAUCAACUCGAUCGCUGCCAAGCCCCGAAUCGAAAUGAGCGACGACCUCCGGCCGAGUGGGCACAUUGGGGGCAAGUUUUCCGCACCGCUGUCCAAGAGAUGCCCGGUCGCCUCUGUUCCUUCAUUCCCGCCGUUUCUUCUCGAGGACGGUUUCCAUAGCCGCAACAAGUACGUUUGCUUCCUCGGCAACGAAGGCUUGCACCUGCGCGCGUGGCUGCCGACCAACCUGCGAGCUUUCAUCGCCUCGGUAGAGUACUACUACUGGAUUCCAGAGUACGUCAGGGAGUCUGACGAUGCGCAGCUCAUGGGUGUCCUCGACGGAAUUAUCGAGGCUUACGCUGGCGAGGAAGGGCUCAUGGGCACGCAUAGUUCUAUGAUCGCGCUUGAUCUGCAUAAUACUGGCAUUGCCCUCCAGCCAGGCGACCGACUCGUCAUCAUGCCUCUCAUCAGCUGGGAGGAAUACGCCAAGAUAGCCGCGGGGCUCGGCUUGAACACGAUGCUUGAUAGGCCUGUUCUUCUCGACCGAAGGUGGUCUCGAUUUGCGGAACCCUUGGAGACAGUCUCUAACCACGGUGUCGCGGCUCCUUGCACAAAGACAAGGAAACUCAUGGUCAAGGAUAUUUUCCACCGAGGUCAUCUGGCACCGCUGACCCAAGAUCCACGCCAUGCUGAUAGCUUCGUCAAACGCGGUGUUGCAGGUGCUGACGACAGAGGAGUAGCGUGUCCGUGGUUCACUGGGUGA